AUGGUUUCUUUCGUGCUUUCAGCACUUGCAUUUACGUUUGCUAUUCUCCUCGCAACCGCCCAAUCGACUACCCCUGCGUUCUCUAACCUGUAUGACGAUGAGGUCCAAAUGAGCUUUUCGAUAAACCUCCCCAUCAAUUCUACAGAUGUAUAUUUUUCUUUCUCGGCCCCGGCCUAUUCUUGGGUUGCUAUCGGAGCUGGCAAUUACAUGGCUGGGUCUUUGAUGAUGAUAAUUUAUGGUUCGCCGGAUGCCCAAGGCAUCACAAUCAGUCCUCGCAUCGCAACUGGCCACACCGAACCCACAUUCACAACAGACGUUCAAGUCGAAGUCCUCGAUGGAACGUCUAUCCAAAACAACUUGUAUGUCUUGAACGCCUUAUGUCAUGGCUGCAGAUCCUGGAAAGGAGGCUCCCUCAACUUGAAUACAACCGUACAGCCAUUCAUGUAUGCCUUUGGACCGAAUAUCAUUGCCUCAUCUGACUCUCCUACACUUGGGUUACGGCGACACUAUUCAUUCGGCCACUUCACAAUGGAUAUGAUUCAAGCCACCGGUCCAGGCAGCGUCCCACCUGCUGCUUCGACAAUCAAGCGUGGUGCAGCCCUUGCUGGCUCCUUAAAGAAAGAUGGCGACAAGGCAUCUCCAACGCACGGGAUAUUGAUGAUAAUAGUAGCGCUAAUCCUGAUUCCCUUUGAUGUGAUUAUCGUCGGAGUGUGCAAGUGGAUGCGCCCUCACAUUCUCAUCUCCAGUUUUUCGUUCCUCGUCGUAAUCACCUCUAUGGGUCUUGGCAUUUACGUUAGCACCGAGUAUAAUCGGUCCAAAACAUUCAACACCCCCCACCAAAUCAUCGGCUUCAUCUCCAUCCUCGGCCUCUUAUUCAUAGCAGGGCUAGGCAUAUACUCCCGGCAACUACAAAACAAAGCUUCGAAAAUCGAUGUUGAUACGUUCGCCCCGCCUGCAAAAUCAUCGAGCCUGCUUUUCUCCACAAUCCAUUCCUGGACUGCUCGCCUCAUCUGGCUUUUACUUAUUGUCAAUAAUGGAAUUGGGAUGAAAUUCGCUAGCACGUCGAGAAAAUUUGUGGUAAUUUACGCUAUUCUAGCGGUACUAGUCUUUUUUGCCAUGUGGCCGGUUUACUAUUGCAUUUUUAGGCGGGAGAGGAAGAAGCGGGUGCAGCAGGAUGAGAAUAGCGGGGGUUUUGCUAUGACUUGA